GGAGCGGAUGUUGUUCAAAGGAUGAGAUCAUACUACUUAAUUUUCUCCGAAUUCAAUGAAAACCUCGUGUGUCAAAGAUUGUAACGAAGUGUUCUAAUACCACGGAGGUCAUUCAACAGUUCGUACACUAGGAGAGUCGUUCACGUUCGCGUUCUCUUCGACUCGACCGACAUUUGUUUUAUUAUUUUUUUGUUUCGUUUCGCGAGGGGUUUUAACAGUGCUUUCGCAUUUUAGAUAAAAAGGGAUGGUUAGGGCAGCUUCUGGUUCACAGAGUCCGGUUGACAUGGCAUUUAAUGAUAUUUUUGAAGUUAUACAAGCGAUAGAAGAAAUGCCCAACACCGCACAGAUCGUUCCUAGUCGCGACGAUUGUUCAACCGAAUUAUUUGAGAUGCAAAACGAAAAUUUUCGCGGACAAGCCAAGAUCUACGGGAGUGACUUAAACCUAGCCGAUACGAAGCCUGAGGCAACAGCGUCUUCAAACUACCAACCUCUCAACCACAUCUCAGGAUUGGUGGGCCUGAGCUUACAGCUUGACAGAACCCGAGCUAAACCAGAACCAGAACCGUUUUUACGAGAUUUCCCAACAGCUUUUCCAGAUGAUGUCCUGUGGGGAGAAAAACUCAUAAAUGACACAAAGAAUCUGAUCCAGUAUCCACCGUUUUUCUCGCGAGACUUGUCGGAAAAUUACAGGAAUUUUCCUGUUCCUGAGGGACAGGAAAUGCAUAUUGUUCCCGAGCUCGGAGAAAAAUGGCUCGACACACCAGAGGUUCUUUUUGCUGACAAUGAAGAAAUUAUCCCAAAAACACCCGAGGAUUCUAACUUCUCGGAAUACAGUAGUGACAGCGAGCCACCAUUCGAGGUGAAAAAAGUCGAUGAAGCCGAAAGAAUGAGUGAAUCACCGGAUAGCUUCAGCAGCAGACUCGAAGCUCACUCCCCUUGGUUUGAAAUUGACUCUACGAAUAGCCAUAGCCCUCUGGUGAUCACAAAGAGGCCUACUGAAGUGAAAAAAGAAAUAAAAAAAUGUAAGAGCUCGUUUAAAUCAGGAAGACCGAGGCUAUGCCAGUUUCUUCUCGAGCUUCUAAGCCACCCUGAGAAGUAUUCGCACCUCAUCGAAUGGAUCGACAAAGAAAGGGGCGUUUUUAAGUUUCUGAAUUCGUCACGCGUGGCACAAGAAUGGGGAGAACGAAGGAAUAAACCUCGUAUGAAGUACGAGAACUUUGCCCGGUCUCUACGUACUUACAUCGCCAAAGGAAUCCUCACUAAACCUCGAAGCAAGCUGGUAUACAAAUUCGCGUAAGACUGCUUGACCAUAUCUUCACUCUUGGCAGAGGGAACUCAAUGAAAUCCACGGUUUCAAAGCCACUAGUCUGGUGAAUGGGGUCGUUAUUGAUCUAAGAAUACUGAAGAUAAGCCUGAACUUACUCCAUACUUAAUGGAGCAAAGAACAAUCCUAAGAAUAUUGCAGCAAAAUCAAGUCAAAUUUAGGACAUGCAGUUUGCAAGUUAGCAGUUUGUACAAGAAGGUGUGGACAGGUAUCUCAGAUAUGAGAUCAGUUAGAGCACCGUAUUUCACGAGACCCAAGCUAAUUACAUUGUGUAGAGACCGAGUGAAAUACAUAUUUGUUUAGCAAAGUACCUUAAAUGAAGUUUUCCUUAAUAUCAAAAUUUUGAAAUCCAAAAGAAAUUGCGUUUAUGAAGGUCUGUGAAGUCAGUCAGACAGUUUCUGGCAAUCGAGUGAAGCUCAACGACCACAUUGAACUGACGAAAAAAUUUGUUUAUUAUUUAGAAAGAGUCGUUUAGAAUAAAGAAUCGAACUUUGAAGCUAAAACUGCUAUAUCUAUACUGCUAUAUUCUACAGUUUUUAACUUUUUUUUCCAUAAAUUAUAGUCUAAUUAUAAGUUAUUCAUAGAUGCUACAUGUUAGCUUUCUUUAGCUUUUUAAGUAGCAAUACCAACAAAGACUACUUCGUACCUCGGGAAUAAUAUACCCAAGUUGAAAUAUUCGAGUAGACUAAUAGAGGAUAGAUCUUUUUUUCUCUUCAUUAUUUUGUGUAUUUGCUUAUUAAGUUUUGGUUCGUGGGUUAAGCAAAAUCACAAUAACUGUUGACUCUAAACAGGUCGUUACUGUUCGUUUAUAAAGCUUAUCAUAUUAUUCAAGCCGAAUCGAGUGCAUUGUACAAAAACUCGAUAGCAAUCACUAAGCAAAGUCCAUAAACAACACAACGUAGUCUUUGCCAAGAAUGCAAAGCUAAAGUAUUUACAAUGUAAAGACAGAAGUAUUCUGAACGUUCUGGCUGUGCCAGACUAUAUUUUUAUAGUAAAACUGGUAUUGCCUACAAAAAUACUGUCUUACUGAUAGUAUACCGACAAGUAAGUAAAAAAAACUUAUCCAAAACAAUCUAGCUCAAUAAACACUUUUUUAGCAUACGUUUUUUCCAAGGAAAAUUAAAAAAAGUUUAACAAGA